CGGCGCUGACGCGGUGGCCGCUCGGUGCGUUGAGCCUGGCCUGGACAGCUGCUCGGCGGUAGUACGUCUAGGAGAGUCCGCGGGCUCCGGGGCGGGGGCUCCGGCGGCGAAGCCCCCUCCCCGGGGAGGCGGGACCUGGGGGAGCUCCCUGUAGGGAGCGGCGGCGGCCGGAACGAUGCAUCAGAAGCUACUGAAGAGCGCACAUUACAUCGAACUGGGCAGCUACCAGUACUGGCCGGUGCUGGUGCCCCGCGGUAUCCGCCUUUACACCUACGAGCAGAUCCCCGUGUCCCUCAAGGACAAUCCGUACAUCACCGACGGCUACCGGGCCUACCUGCCCUCGAGGCUGUGUAUCAAAAGUUUGUUUAUUUUAUCUAAUGAGACGGUAAACAUCUGGAGUCAUUUGCUGGGAUUCUUUCUCUUCUUCACAUUGGGAAUAUAUGACAUGACAUCUGUGUUGCCUUCAGCAAGUGCAUCCAGAGAAGAUUUUGUAAUUUGUUCUAUUUGUCUUUUCUGCUUCCAGGUCUGUAUGCUUUGCUCUGUAGGCUAUCAUCUUUUUUCCUGCCACCGAUCCGAAAAAACUUGUCGACGAUGGAUGGCAUUAGAUUAUGCAGGAAUUUCUAUUGGAAUACUGGGCUGUUAUGUCUCGGGAGUAUUUUAUGCAUUUUAUUGUAAUAAUUAUUGGCGUCAAGUGUACUUGAUUACCGUGCUUGCUAUGAUCCUGGCAGUGUUCUUUGCUCAGAUUCACCCCAAUUACCUUACACAGCAAUGGCAGAGACUCCGCUCCAUCAUAUUUUGUUCUGUUUCGGGAUAUGGAGUGAUCCCUACUCUUCACUGGGUUUGGCUCAAUGGAGGAAUCGGUGCUCCUAUUGUACAGGAUUUUGCCCCUCGUGUAAUUGUGAUGUAUGUGAUUGCUGUUCUUGCUUUUCUAUUCUACAUUUCCAAAGUUCCAGAAAGGUAUUUCCCAGGACAACUCAACUACCUCGGAUCAAGCCACCAAAUAUGGCAUGUCCUUGCCGUAGUGAUGCUGUACUGGUGGCAUCAGUCCACUGUCUACGUCAUGCAGUACAGGCACGCCAAGCCGUGUCCUGACCAUGUUUCACAUUUGUGAAUUCAGGUACAGCCACCUGGUGUAUUCAAUUGUGAAGCAAUAUUUUGAUGGGGAAUUGUAUACCCCACUAUUUCUAGGAUUCCUGUUAUUUCCUCAUUAAUAUAUCAUGAACAAUACUUU